AUGGUGGUGCAGUUCUUCUUGCUCGAACGUGCCUGGAAACUGUGUCGCUCCGGCAAGUUGAACGCGGCCAUGACCAUCAUGAUCGCUCUCGUCGCGUUGGGCAUCUUGGUCUCCUUCUCGAACUGUCUCUGGACCGCAGUGUAUGUUGUCAUUUACAAGAAUUACACCGAGCGGUAUAGGCUCGUCACACCCGUCACGUCAGUCCAUGGGCUCGGCUCUCGACUGGAGGACAAAAGUCGCCAUGCAGCUGACGGGACUUUUUCCAUUACCCCAGUGUGUGGCUCACCAUCAGCGCCGGAUGCGAUGUGACGAUCGCUGGUAUUCUUUUGUUCAAGCUCAACCAGGCCCGAAAGGAGGUAGCGCACCGUGCUCAUAGGUAGGGCGAAGUCUGUUUACUUGGGCAAUCGUCUUCCCGAUGAUCUUCAGGCACACCGCCCUCACGCGCAUACUGAUCCCGAGGCGAUCACUUUCGACGCAGUAAUUUGCUCGUGCCGUUGCAAAAAUUGAUGAUCAUGGCGCUCGAGUCGGGAGCCGUUACAUCAUUCGUUGCAAUCGUUGGACUGGGCCUCUACCUCGGUUUCAAGGUAAAUUCCUGGCGCUCGGCAGCUGAACUCUGUCAGUAAUCCUGACCGCGUGACACCCCCAGACAACCAACCUUCCCUUGGCGCCAGGCUACUGCCUCGGCCGUAUCUACGCCUUGACGAUGCUCUUCAAUCUUCGGGUCCGUGAUCGACUUCAAGCCGAAGCCAUUUCAUCCCAAGCCGUCGGGGUGUCCACCUUUGCCCUUCGAGCCGAUGCGCCUACCGAUCUCUCAAAGGAUCCUCAUGAAUUCGAUGUCGAGCGACACGGGGUCAUGCGCUCAGUCGGUGGGGUGUCGACUAUCCGACCUGACCCGAGAAGAGGUCAAACAUCGACGUCGCACACUGUGCAGGCUCAGACCGCACAAAGUCAGACCGUACAGACCAUCUCGCUGGAGACGGCUUAUAUCAUGCACUGUCCGACGAAGCCGAGGAUUGGUGGAUCGAGAAUAGCGGAGGAGAGUGAUGGGUUCGAUGCGGAUUCUUCUUCGAUCGAAGAUAGGGAGCCGAGAACGAGGAGACCUAGGAGGGUAGCUCGGAGAGAGGUGAGCAACAGCAUAAUUUCAUCAUUGCAGUUUUGGUGAAGUACUGACCUAAUCCAGUUUCGCCCAUUGCAGUCUGCGUCGUCCCGGAGAUCGAGCGUGAGCAUUCCAUCCGUUGACGACCCGAUGCUCGCGACUUUACAUUACGUGCCGCGGCAGGAUGUAUCCCCUCACGAGCUUAUGUAA